AUGACUUGUAUAUCCGAUCUGAAGUGCGAAGGUGUUGGAGCUCCUUUACAACUGAGAAUCAUCCGCAAAUGGAAGAACGAUGUCCGUCGAUAUGAGACAUGCUGUCCAGAACUUGAUAGGCACCAUAAGGUAUUAGAGAAUGAUUUCUACAUUGAGGUUGGUCUCAUUUCAGUAAUCAAAUCACUUCCAGAUACAAUGACAAUACCGAAACACUGGUUCCGCUUUGUCACAAAAUCGCAUCUCAUGGAACUUGGAGAAAAACCACCUUAUUAUCUAGAUUUUAUUGGUGUUCUAUCAAAAAUCAAAGACUGCAAAAAAGCAAAUCAUGAGCCAUAUGUUUUCCUCAUGCUAAUAGACAAGAGUGGUAAUGAACUUCCAAUAAACCUAUGGAAUGAAUGCAUCACAUUCCCAAAAAAAUUCAACCGCGAUCUACUCAUCUUGUUGCCUACCAUUACAGUUGUUGCUGUUACAAACCUAAAGGCUUCCACUUCUGCAGAUAAGAAUCAAUACCCUAACAGUACAACCAUCUGUUUACAGGAUAAAACUUUUUUGAUCAAAGCAUCAAUCAUGGAUAUUCAGUUUCAAGACAAACUGUAUCAGGUUCUAUGUCCCACUUGUAGAGAUUCCAUUCAUAAACGUGGCCCACAAUGCCUAACAGUAAGUGAUGCAACGGACACAAUAUCAACAAUCAUAUCCAACACCUCAUGUCAGAAACUGCUCAAGUUUACCCUUCAAGAUCUUAUAGCAAACAACAACACCGUCAACAUGAAAACACUUCUAGCUUUUCUUACUGAGCAGAAAGGGCAAACAAAAAACAUGUCAAUUCAGAUCCUAAAGGCAUCUGCCGGGGACAAUUUACAUUUCAUAAUUGUAGACAUUGAAAGCUCAAAUUCUACAUCUCAAACAAAUGUCCCAACAACUCCAACACAGGUCCCCACGACAAGGUUAACAAUGCAAGAAAGCACACCUGAUUCUACAAUGCCCGUCACACGCAGCGCAUGUACUCUGUCAUACAACACUACUGAUGACCCAACACCAUCAAUAGACAGAAAGCGAAGCCGUAAAAAAUAG